CAACCGAAAGGACACGCUCUGUCCUCGGAAGGCUUUACCUCGCCUGCUCACUGUUUGACUAGUGCAUUCUGCUCUAGGGAAGGCUUUUUGUGCACUCACAAUACAAUUGUAUGUACCUCCCUAACAACUCAAAUCAAAUCUUCCAUACAUACAACACGCACACCCCUCCCUCUCUCUCAAUCCCACUCCAAGCCCCCAAACCACACAUUAAUGUCUUCACCUCUACCUGGUCAGCCACAUCCCCUCUUUGCUGAUGGGGUUGAAGCAGCUAGAGAGCACCUACUGACAGUGGACAAUGGAGAAGCCCAUGGGGACGUGAAAUUCCGGAUACGAAAUCUGGCCAAGAAAUCAGACACCACAGGAGCUUCCAUACUCAAUGGGUUGACCUUGAACAUACCUAAGGGCGUCAUCAUGGGGGUCAUUGGCCCUAGCGGCAGCGGCAAGUCCACGCUGCUCCGAGCUCUCAACCGCCUCUGGGAGCCCCCGUCCGGGACUGUCUUCUUGGACGGCCAUGAUGUUCUGGACACGGACGUCCUCAGCCUCCGCCGCAAGGUCGGCAUGCUCUUCCAGCUUCCUGUUCUUUUUGAAGGCACAGUUGCAGACAAUAUACGUUAUGGUCCUCAACUGAAGGGGAGGAAGCUGAGUGACGAGGAGGUUCACAAGUUGCUGAACCUUGUAGACCUUGAUUCAUCCUUUGCCACCAAGACUGGUUCUGAAAUGUCUGUGGGUCAAUCCCAAAGAGUGGCACUUGCUAGGACCCUAGCCAAUUCUCCUGAGGUUUUGCUGCUGGAUGAGCCGACAAGUGCGUUGGAUCCAAUAUCAACAGAGCACAUAGAAGGUGCUUUAGUGAAGCUGAAGCAGAAACAGGGGAUGACCAUUGUAAUGGUCUCUCACAGCAUCAAACAAAUCCAGAGGAUUGCUGACAUUGUUUGCCUCCUUGUGGAUGGGGAGAUUGUUGAAGUUCUCAAACCAGACCAACUCUCUCAAGCCAACCAUCCCAUGGCACUACGGUUCCUUCAGCUCAGCUCUUAAGUUGUCUCUCCUCUCUCUCUCUCUCUCUCUCUCUCUCUCUCUCUCGAUUGAUUGGGGAAUUUAUAUUGUUGUGUGCACAAUGUUUACAUAGCAUUUGCUUGAUGGUGCCUUCUGGAAAGGAAGAAACUUUUGCUUGUAACUACUCUAAUGUUUGUAGUGGUUACAGUGAUUCAUAUACAUUUGAGAGGGGCCUAAGAACUAUAUUUACAGAAUUUGUAUACCAACUCACAUUUCUUUCUCUA